AUGGUGUGCCGCGCGCUGGUGGCGUGUCUGAAGCUCGCGGCGCUGACGUCGGUGCUAGGGCAAGUUCCUGCUGUGAACCUGGAGCGCCUUCUUAGACGCGUCCAGGCCUUCACGAGGCCCCCGCCGGCCUUCACGAGGCGGGCGCGGCAGCUGCUGAGGGAGACCGCGGGGCUCCCGCGGGCGCCAGGCGGGCAGCUGCUGGAGCAGGCGGCCGCCGAAGCGGGCGCAUGCAAGGAGAGCCGCGGCCGCGGCCCCCUUCCGUCAGAGGAGGAUGCGCGUGCGCUGUGCGAGUCAGGAUUCCGCAGCAUGCGGGACGCCUACAUGACGGAUUGCCGCGAGCAGACGAAAAGGUGCAACCGCCUUCGCGACCUGAUGGCGGAGUGCCAGGACCUCUGCGAGGAGGCCUUCCGGAGGUGCUCGCCGCCCCCAGUGGAGGGCGGCCUCCUGCCGCGGCUGAGGCGGGCCCUGUGACGGGGCCCGCCCUGCUACGCCGGCCCCCAGGGAGACGACGGCGUGCAACCCCCGACUCACGGGCUCCUCCUCUCCCUCCUCCCUCUCGACCCUUCCGUUCUUUGUG